GAAAAUCCAUUAGUCUGAAAAAUUUGUACCGGAAAAGGCGGAAAUACUGAAGUUGUUCCUAGUCAAUGGAUGAGUGAGUGUUCGUGUCAUGUUGUUUAUCCGCACUCUACACUAGAGAAGACGCGAGGAGCAAGAUGUGUUGCGGUUUCACUGUAACAGGAGAAUACCUGAGAAACAGGUUGUGACCUAGCAACAGUGAGGUGCAGCUAAUCGAGCAGCUGACGGGCAGCAUGACCUGGCGUAAAUUUCUGAAGAUGAAGCUGUUUUGACACAGAAGUUCCUGCGGCAUCUCCAGAGAGACGUGGAGGAAACCGUUGUGCAAGGUAAAAAACAAGAUUUCUAUCUAACACUGUACACUGCAACUUGCAAAUGGACGGAAGAGCACCUGCGCACCCCAGCCUCAAUUCCUCCUACAUCCCCGUUGCCCUUGACAACUCUCUUUCAUCAGAGGAUGAGGAGAGUGAGGAUCAGUCUCCUUCAUCAGCGUCCCUGGCCGUACGCUACACCCCCGAUGACCGCUACUCUUUGGUCUACAUCAUCUUCUUUCUCAUGGGCAUCGGCUCUCUGCUGCCUUGGAACUUUUUCGUCACGGCCAAAAGCUACUGGCUUUACAAAAUGAGCAACAGCACAGAGGAGCAGCGGUCUGGCCUCAGCGACUACUUCGAAAGUUACCUGACAUUUGCUUCUACGGUGCCUUCAGUGCUGUGCUUGAUUCUUAACUACUUUCUCGUGAACAGGCUGUCUCCAAAUGUGCGCAUCCUGUCGUCUCUCUUUGUCAUACUGCUGGUGUUUGUCGGGACCACCAUACUGGUCAAGGUGGAUGUGUCCGGCUGCAGGGAGGAAUUCUUUGCGGGCACACUGGCCAGCGUGGCUGUCGUCAGCGGUGCCUCUAACGUCUUCUGUGGCAGUGUGUUUGGCAUCAGUGGGCACUUCCCGAUGAGGAUCUCUCAAGCUCUCAUAUCAGGUCAGGCUAUGGGAGGAACACUAAGUGCUGUUGCAUCAAUAGCAGACAUUGCACUGGCAAAGGACGUGACCGAAAGCGCCCUGGCGUAUUUCCUGACCGCAGACAUCUUCAUCCUGCUAUGCAUCUUUGCAUACCUCUUCCUCCCCAAGCUGGCCUUCUCAAGAUACUACAUGAUGGCUGCCUCGAUCACCAUUCCAGGAGAGAGCAGCACGGGAGGAGAAGCAGCACCCUCCCAAACACCUCCAUUGAAGCCCAUUCUCCAGAAGACGUGGGUUCUGGGGAUGAGUGUCUUUUACGUGUUCUGUGUGACCAUCAUGGUGUUCCCUGCGGUGUUGUCCGGCAUCCAGUCCGUCGACAAAGACAGCGGCAGCCCCUGGACCAACACCUACUUUGUUCCCCUUGCCGGCUUCCUCCUGUAUAACGUUGCAGACUUCUGCGGCAGGCAGUCCACCGCCUGGCUGCAGGUACCGGGCCCCACCAGCCGACUUCUUCCCGUGCUGGUUGUGUGCCGUUCCGUCUUGGUACCUCUCAUCAUCUUCUGCAACUACCAGCCCAGGGACCACCUCCACGUUGUGCUCUUCACUCACGAUGUGUAUCCCAUUGUCUUCAACUCCCUGUUAGGCUUCUCCAACGGCUACCUGGGGACUCUGCCGAUGAUCUACGGGCCCAAGGUUGUGCCCCGGGAGCUGGCAGAGGCCACCGGAGUGGUCAUGUCCUUCUUCCUUGCUUUGGGACUCACCACCGGAUCUGCUCUUUCCCUCGUUCUUGUGCAUAUUAUCUGAUUAUGUACAUUAUGCAUCGUUAAAGCUCUGAAGGAGCAUUGCAAUAUACACUCGCUCACAAAAGUGAACAUCGUAGGACCAGGCCCUGCCAUAAAUAAUGAAAAUGCAUGAGUAAUUGAUACCAGCCCAAGAAAGAGUUACAGUUACCUAUAGAUGUCAAAAGAUAGCAGCAAAGCACCAAGUGAAGAGCUUUUAGCUUCCGUUCAGUGGCACCAAAAUGCCAGAAGAUGGUGGCAACGCAAUUUAUAUUGCUUUGGCGUGAGAACAAAAACAGUAAAUAGAUCAGCAAAUAUCUCAGGAUAGCUGAACAACAACAAAAAAAAAAAAAAUCUGUGAAUGCCAACACACAAAUAAUUUAUUGUCCACCACUGACAUUUUUGCUAUAUCUUUUUUAAAGGGACGACAUUGAAGAAAUGAAGCUAUCUUUAGUAUUGUGGUUGGAAUUUACAUUAGUGUACGACUGUACCAUGUCAUGCUGAGAGUUGCUCCUUGCAUGUUUCACUCUUUGAUGCAACUAGUGGAGGUAACCUAAUUAGCAGACACGGCCCUCGUUAUGAUGCAAUACUGCACAGUUGUACACAAGCGCAAGCCAAAGCCACAAUAAUACAAAACAUGGUAAAAUGAAUGUGUAUCUUAAAGUCUCAGUUGAAAAACAACAGUACAGUAUUUGAUCACGUUCUCAUUUUGGACGUCAAACCGUGCUGUUAGCUGCAGUUAUAAUGUUGUGGCUGGCUGUUUACAUGUUGAAAUGAAUACAACGUGACCGCACAUAAAAUCAUGUUGUUAAAAGUGUCUUUAAUUAACUUUAAGGAAAAAUAUGGUAUGAGUCCAACAUGGCCGCAUACUGUAACAAAUGAUCUUUUUUUUUUGUUGUUUUAUUGUUUGGUCUUUCCCCUAUUCAGGGAUUGUGCGACGGUGGCUUGGUGGAGUAUAGCCCGGUCCGAAAUCUGUGUAGCCUCAGCUAAAUCCCUCCAGCAUUUAUUUGAUCUUCCAAAAUAUGUGUACUGUAUACAUUAUUUUUGUAGCCCUCAAUAGGGUCCUUUUAGCCCCAGGAGAAAAAAAAAUCCUGGAGCCACCCUUGCCCUUAAGAGACAAAUUCUGGUUUUCUGUCAUCCAGCCCUCCAUUUUUUGCAGCCCUUAUUCUCACAUGGUUUAUGGGUGUGCUGGAGCCGGUCCAAGUUGUCUUCGGGUGAGAGGUGGUGUACACCCUGAACUGGUUGCGAGCCAUUGGCAGGAUUUUCAGUCAUUUUACCACUGCGCUACACUUGCAGAUGCGUAUAUGUACAGGUGGAGCUCAAGAAAUUAGAAUAUCUUGAAAACCAUUUGUGAGUGCAACCAAAAAGUGGAACUGAUUAAAAAAAUGAAUAGUACAUAAGAAACAAUCAACAAGAACUUGAAUGAAUUGGUCCAAUGUUUCAUUUUUUUAGUUGAACUAGUGAAAUGAACAUUUACAAUUUUCUAAUUGAGAUAAACCUGUCAAAUCUC